GUCUGGCCCAUUUUCUUUCGCCACAAGUCAGAGCAGAGCAGUUGCGGAGUGGGAAACCCCAAAACCCCCACGUCCUCCUCCUCCGCCGCCGCCGCCGCCACCGUCGCCGUCGACGAGCCAUGCCGCCGCGGAAGCGCCCGCCGCCGCCGGCCAAGGCGCCGGAAGCCCCACCGGAAACCAAGCCCAAGAUCUCUCCGCCCGCUAAACCCAUCGCCGCGGCGCCGCCGCCGCCGAAGGCGGUCCUCUCGGACACCGUCCUCGCCGCCUUGUCGCAGCACGAGCGCCCCAUCUACAAGCUCGUGUUCGCCGGCGGGGACAAGGGCAUGUCGCAGACGGAGAUCCGGAUCAAGACCGGGAUGCCGACGAGCACCCUCACCAAGCACCUCCGCGGCCUCACCUCCAAGGGCGUCCUCAAGGUGGUCAACAGCGUCCACAAGCGCGCCGAGAAGAUCUACAUGGACGUCCGCAUCGACCCGUCGCCGGAGAUCACCGGGGGAACCUGGUACCGCAACGGCCAGCUCGACUCCGACGCCGUCGCCUCCGCGCGGCGCAGGUGCCUCGACCAGAUCGACAAGCUCGGCGUCGCCACGGCGGAGUCCAUCCACGAGGGCAUCAGCAGGGAAUGCUCCAACCUAGCCUACUCGACCGAGCAGGUCAGGGACAUCCUGCGCACCAUGGCGCUCGACAGGGAGGUCGAGGAGGUGAGGAGCACCGGGGCGGGGGAGUUCGGCGACCUCAGGGCAGGGAGGGUGUGCUACCGGAGGGGCGGCCCGGUGCAGGGCGGCAUGAUGGAGAGGAUCCCGUGUGGAGUUUGCCCCAGGAUCGAUGAGUGCUCGCCGGAUGGCGUUAUCUCGCCGAGCACCUGCGUCUACUACAAGAAGUGGCUGCAGAUGGACUUCUAGGUGCUUUAAUCUUCUGUGUAGCAAGCUGAUCAACUAACAUGUAUUCAGAGAAAUGGGACAAGCUGCUGAUAGGCUAAUUCAUGAAAAUAAUUGUUUUGUCCAAGAACAUGGGAGUUGACAUAUUCUUCUUUUAUGGUUUGUACUGUCAUUUGGCUUACAUGUUAGUUGUGUCAUCAUCUUCAUCACUCAUCAGUCUCAAAUCACCUUAAGAUGUGUGCACUGCAUCUGAAGGUGAUGCACUCUUAUGACUUAUAAGUUGUGAGUCUUUCAUAGAACUAUCCACAAUUCCAUAUUAUUCAUAUUGAUGCACUGUUGGCGAAUCCUAGAUUUUGCUUCCAACUUGGAGGUUGAGUUCCAUGCUUGCUUCUGUCCAUACUAGGUGACUGAAUCUUAUGUUACUGCAAAUAAAAUCUCGAGGUAAUUUGCAUUUUAUCUGGUAAAUAUACAACCGGGUGUCCUUCAUAAAGGAUUUUUCUGACAAUGCUUAACUUGUGUUGCAUCCUGGAGCAUCAUUUGCAGCCAUUUCUGAAGGUGAGUAAGUGACUUCCAUUGGAAUUCAAUCAAAAUUUGAAAAGCGACAUCUGAUGAAGAUCUCAGACGCCUUUAAAGUGACAAGCUCCACGUUGGGCGUUUUCUUGUACGCUUCUAUGGUUGUGCUGGGCCAAGCGCAAGGAAGAGCAACAGUCUGAGUCAGGUCAUGUCUCAUGCCUCCUGCUGCUGCUGCAUUGUCAAACCGGGAGAAAGUGAUGGCCAUCUCUGAAACAAGCUUACCUGCUAAUCUUUAGCAAUGAGCGCGAUCUGCACCUGGCGGCUGUGUUUAAUUUGCCUUUGCAUUGCAUACAUAUUGAAGCAGCUCCGAAGCUACGGAAAAAGUGCGGUUGCUUUAGGUUAAUCUUCGCUCACCAGUGACGUUUUUUAUUCCGAUUUAACCCGUGUUGUGUAGUAUUUGUUAGUGCUUGGUUAUAUAUGUCAACUUUGAGGUGCAGUUCUGGGUGAAAACGGAAAUACUGUAUUUUCCAUCAGCUGUAGGCUUCUCAUUUGGUUCUGACCACAUGUGCUGUGUACGCAUAUGAACUACUUGUUGCAAAUUGCAAUAUGGGGUAUUGACUUUUGUCAUCAACAUCACAGGGAUAAACAGUCCAUUGAAUAGUA